UGUUGACGCCUGCGGCUGCUGCGGUGGCCACCGGGCCGUUGGGGAGGGCCCAGUGGGGGAGGGAGAGGGCGCAGUGACAGGAUCGCCGAGGGUGCUGCUGAGGCGACGAUGGCAGAGGGGCCAGAGGAAGCCCGAGGCCUCCCUCCCGGGCAGGACGACGGCGGAGGGGACCCCGAGCCCGUCCCUUCCCUGAGAGGCCCUCCUGCCGCCGCGGCCCCACGCCCCCGGGACGGGUCGCAGGCCGAGCCCCAGGUCCCGGGCCGGCCCCCCGCCCUGGGCCUCGCGCCCGCUGCGGCCGCCGCCGAGGAGUCGCAGCCGACGCGCGAGCCCGGGAAGCGGGGGGAGGCGGCCUCCAGCCCCGGUGCGGGGCCGCAGGAGCCGGCGGGCUGCGAGGCGCCCGAGGCCGCGGCGCCCCGGGAGAGGCCGGCGCGGCUGAGCGCCCGCGAGUACUCCCGGCAGGUGCACGAGUGGCUGUGGCAGUCCUACUGCGGCUACCUCACCUGGCACAGCGGCCUGGCCGCCCUGCCCGCCUACUGCAGCCCCCAGCCGCCCACGCCGAGCUGCCUCUCGGCCGCCGGCGCCGCCCCCCCGGCCGGGCCGCAGACCCCCCAGCUCGGCUACUACAAUCCCUUCUACUUCCUGAGCGCAGCGGCCGCGGGGCCCGAGCCGGGGGCGGCUCCCGGCGUCCCCACCCCUGCCCCCGUCGCGGGCCUGGGACCCCGGGCUCCUCACGGGCAGGCAGCCGUCCGGGCAGCCCCAGUGACGAGGGUAGGCUCCGCCGCCCCUUCGAGAGCCCCGAGCGAGACCGGGCGGCAGGCAGGCAGAGAGUAUGUUAUUCCGUCCUUGGCCCACAGAUUUAUGGCAGAGAUGGUGGAUUUCUUUAUUCUCUUCUUUAUAAAAGCAACCAUUGUCUUAAGCAUUAUGCACCUCAGUGGAAUAAAGGAUAUCUCUAAGUUUGCUAUGCACUAUAUAAUAGAAGAAAUAGACGAGGACACGUCAAUGGAAGACUUGCAGAAAAUGAUGGCUGUGGCUCUUGUAUACAGAUUAUUAGUUUGUUUCUAUGAGAUAAUUUGCAUUUGGGGAGCAGGUGGAGCUACCCCAGGGAAGUUCCUGCUAGGGCUUCGAGUUGUGACAUGUGACACAUCAGUGCUUAUUGCACCAAGUCGGGUUUUAGUGAUCCCUUCCUCAAAUGUUAGCAUUACAACGUCCACUAUACGAGCUUUGAUCAAGAAUUUUUCUAUUGCUUCUUUUUUCCCUGCUUUCAUCACACUGCUGUUUUUUCAGCAUAAUCGAACAGCCUAUGACAUUGUAGCAGGAACCAUUGUGGUAAAAAGAAAUGGGGUCAGAUGAUGCCCAAAAAAGCCCUGAAUUCCAUACUCUGGAAUAAUGACAAGACUAAAUUAUGUAUCAAGGCCAUCAGUAUCCCUGGGUCACAUUAAUUGAUGAUUUAGAAAUUAAAGCAGUCGCUCCAGUGUGAUGCAGGUGACUAUUCUGGAAGUAUUGAUUUUACUUGAAUGCCAAAGAACUUUUUCAGAAGAAAAUCUGUUAAAUUCAAGUGUUAAAGUUUUUAGAUCAAAAAGAAGGCAAGUGGUUUCAUAAUCAACAACGGACAGUAUACUUUCUUAAGAUCUAAGGCAUUAGAAUUGACUGAAAGCCUUUUCAGCUUUGAAAUCGCCAAAUGAAACCUUAAAAAUUUAUUUUGGUUUAUCCCAGAAUAAUGGAAUAUGUCCAGUUGUGUUUUGUAAACACAGUAUUCAUCUUUUAGUUAACACUUCUUGGGGAAAUUGUCUUUGCCUUUUGGGGGGAGGGAGUGGGGACACAAAUUUGGUAAUCCACUUAUCUCCCAUCCCAGGAGGUGGUGAUGACUCAGCUCAAGAGAAAGUGGGUAGUGAGGCAGGCCCAGCAGUUCUCUGACCUGAAGUUGUGAAAUCUGUACCGCAGUUUACUGCGGGAAUGCUGUAACUUUACAGCUAUUCUUAAUGCUUAUACAUGGACUUGGGGGCAAGUUUUGCAUGAUGAUGAAAAAGUAUUAAGUCAUAUUGCUAUAUUAUUGAUAAUGAAAAGGUAAGUUAGUGAUUGCUUUUGAUGGGGGGAAAAAGUAAAUUUUUACUGUAAAUUUAUCUUAAAAUUCAUGUGCAAGUGUUUUCAGUGCCCAAAAUCAAACUAUAAAUAUGUGGGGAAAAAUUACUUCCAUCAAACUGUUGCAUAUUGACUGUAAAACAAUAUUCCCAGUAUGUGUGCAGCAUGAAGAAAGUAUUAGUGCUUCUCAGUGUUCUGAAUAUAUCUUCUCUUUAUACACAGGGUAUUCACAUACUAGUUAGUUUCCUUUUAUAUUUUAUAUAGUUCCAUAACUUUUGAAACGAGUUAAAUAAUCUUAGUAUUUGAUGAUUAAAUACUAGUAACCUGUGAAGUAUUAGCAAUUUUCCCAUUAUGGACUGUUCUCUGUAUAACAAGGAAGAGUAGAAUUUCCAGGCAUUAUUCUAAGUUCUUUGGUUCUGUGGGCCAAAAGCUCAUUUUGGGACUGCCAAGGAUAAUGUUUUGAAGGAAGUUUUGAGCUAAGUAAUACUUUCUGUAUUGCCAUUUUAAUUUAUUCUAUUGAAGCAAAGUUGUGGAGUUUUAAGUAUAUGUGUGUGCGUUUUCAGAUGGCCCAGUUAGCUGUGUUGAGAUAUACCUGAACGAAAAGUUUUGUUUCUGAGGCAUUUUCUCCAACUUUGAUAUUAUUUUCCAAAAAAACACUAAACUGUAUUGGACAGUUCAUAAUUAGAUUGCUUAAAGGAUCAAUCUAGGCUUUAUUUUUGGCAUUUAAGAGCAAAUGCAAGACGUGCAUUAUCAUUGUAUCAAUUUUUAAAUUGGAUUUUUCUUUGAAAUUUACAACUGUGAAAAUAUUCACAUUUGAUGUUUAUAGAAACCUUAACAGGUUUCUUAUGAAUACAUUUUUAUUGUAAAAUUUCAUGAACCAUGUUUUUCAAAAUAACUUUAUGUUAAAUCCAACAUCACGGAAAGCCUAAGUGUCUCAAAGUACUAAACAGAUCAUUCACUUGUAGCCUCUAGGAAGGUAUUUAAAGUGUUACGGCCCAUCACAGUAAAAAAACCAAACCAAACCAAAAAAACAACCCACUAUUUUGUUAUUAAGACCAGAAAUUAGGAAUUGUUACAUAAGUUUACUGCUUAGUAGCAUACACAUUAGCGCUGGGGUGUACACUACUUUAGCCACUGAUUGGGAAUUCAGGUUGAAAUGUCUUUCAGUCCUGUAGCUCUGGAAUACAUCUGAUGUAUAAUUUCUUCUCAGAUAAUUGGACAGUUUGCCAUCUAGGCUAUUUUUAUUUGUACAGUAAAACAAAAACAGUAGUUAUAAUUAAAAUACUGUACAUUUUCCAUACCUGAGUCAUUCAGGUUAAUAUCUAUGUAGGUUCAUUUCGACCCAUCUCAGGAUUCAAGUUAUACUGUAUAGCCCUAUGAAAUAAAGAGAAAUAUUACUUUGUCUGCCUUUACAACAAAAUCCAAGUCUCUUUCUGUUUAUGAAUUUGGCACUUAGGGAAAGAGAUUUUGGUUCCAAAUUGUUGGAAAAAAUGACAUUAGGCAAGAAGGAGGAGUCACAUUUUUUUCUCUCUGGCUUGAGGGGGAUGGAACCUCCCUCUUUUCAAUACUUUUCUAUUUAGUUUAUUUCAGUUAUCCAGAUGCUGAUGCUAAUUUUCUGUGUCAAAGUAUAAUUCUCAUGCAGAAGCUCUAACCUAAAAAGGCAAAAAGAAAGUUGUCUUCAUAGUACAAACAUUACUCAUCACUUUUACAAGAUAAGUAAUAGGGGAACAAAAAUUAGGAGUCAAGCUGAGUGAGAAUACUAUUUCAACGAAUAUGCCCUAAAUAAAACCACAGAACAGGCAGUUAACUUAGCACCUAGAAAAUCUCAGUACCCAAUUACUAAAAGUAGCCCCAGUGGCUAGUUCACCGUGAGAAGUCUUGACAUACUGACCAUGUUCAUGCUGGGCCUAGGUAGGUGAGAGUGACAGCAAGCCUUGCUUUUAGACUAAUGUGUGAUUAUAGAAAUACAGCUAACACUUUUGGAUAGUAAGCUUUUAAAAUAUUGCCCAACUGUUACUUGUAUAGCACUGGUUCAGAAGUUACUUCUUUCUACGUAAACAUUUACCUUCCAGUUUCACUCAGAUUAUUUUGGAUUGAAAAAGAUGCACUGUAUUUGAGGACCACUUUCUCUAAAUUAUAAAAAUGAGUCUUCAGUGUUUAUUGUUUCAAAUGAGAGUAAAAAUUGUUUUAACUCUACUUUAAAAGGAUUUGUUCCCUUAAGUGACUUUGGGUGCUUCACUUAUGCAUAAGUAUUUCCAGCAAAAGAACGGUAGAAAGGAGUUGAAAAUUAAUUGAAACUACUUACUACUUGGGAAUAAAGCUUUUUGAGAGGUCUGGGAGUAUUAAAUAUUUUCAUUCUGCACUUAUCCCUAUUAAAACAGGCUAUUGUUUCUUUUAAAGAAUAUGCCUGAUUAACAGCAGUAUUCCUAAAAUCUGACAAGUAUCAUUUCAGUUACUUACCAUUCCCCAUUACCCUAUACCAAAGGCGAAAAGUUUUACAGUAUGUGCUUGCCUGGGUAAAGUUCUUAUUUCAAAAUGUGUAUCUAUAUUUCCUUGUAGUUCAUUAUAGGACUUGACCCACAAACAGUAUCUGAUGGCUUGCCUAUAAAUGAAAUUCAGCAUUCUAUUUUUAAUAAUUUGUAUGCCACCAAUUUGUAUUCUGUCUCAAUAAAUACCCAGUCACCAGUG